CUGAACGUGGUGUCGAAACCUCGUGGCAGCCACUAGCCACAUCUUUUGACAUACAUAUACAUACAUAUCAAACACACAACCACAACCACAACCACAACCCCAACCCAUCAAUGGCGGCCGCGGCUUCUUCUGCAAUCUCAUCCCCCUUCCUCGGCCAGAAAGAUGCGGGGGGCGUGUCUCCUUUCUUCGCACACCCUUCAACCUCAAUCAAGAUUUCCCACAAAAAACUUUCCACCAACAUCGUAUCCGUGAUGACUCCACAGCAAUCUGAACGGAAACCAUCCGCCACUGGCUCAGUAAAGACCGCGAUGACGAUGACCGAGAAAAUAUUUUCUAGGGCUUCUGAGAAAUCCCAGUUGAGCCCUGGCGAGAAUGUGUGGGUCAACGUUGAUGUCUUGAUGACACAUGAUGUUUGUGGCCCCGGUUCCAUUGGAAUUUUCAAGAAAGAAUUUGGGGAUGAUGCCAAGGUUUGGGACCGUGAAAAGGUUGUCAUCAUACCCGAUCACUAUAUCUUCACAGCCGAUGAAAGAGCAAAUAGAAAUGUUGAUAUCUUGAGGGACUUCUCACAUGAGCAGGGGAUCAAAUAUUUUUACGAUAUCAAAGAUCUUAGCAACUUCAAGGCUAACCCUGAUUACAAAGGUGUAUGCCACGUUGCUCUUGCACAAGAAGGCCAUUGCAGGCCUGGAGAGGUCUUGCUUGGUACGGAUUCUCACACCUGUACUGCUGGAGCGUUUGGCCAAUUUGCUACCGGAAUUGGAAACACGGAUGCCGGAUUUGUGUUAGGGACCGGAAAAGCCUUGCUUAAGGUUCCUCCAACUUUAAGAUUUGUAUUGGAUGGAGAAAUGCCUGAUUAUCUGCUUGCAAAGGAUUUGAUCUUACAAAUAAUCGGUGAGAUAUCUGUAUCGGGUGCAACUUACAAAGCAAUGGAGUUUGUUGGUACGACCAUUGAAAGUCUCACUAUGGAAGAAAGAAUGACGUUAUGCAACAUGGUUGUCGAAGCUGGAGGGAAGAACGGCAUUGUUCCAGCUGAUGCUACUACAUAUAAGUACCUUGAGGACAAAACAUCUGUGCCUUAUGAACCGGUCUACAGUGAUGAUCAAGCAAGGUUUCUUGCUGAGUAUAGAAUCGAUGUCUCCAAACUGGAGCCCCUAGUGGCAAAGCCUCAUUCUCCUGAUAAUCGGGCUACAGCAAGGGAAUGCAAAGACGUCAAAAUCGACAGAGUGUAUAUCGGAUCUUGUACCGGUGGCAAAACCGAAGAUUUUCUAGCUGCCGCCAAAGUUUUUCUAGCUUCAGGCGAAAAGGUCAAAGUACCAACUUUUCUUGUUCCCGCUACUCAAAAGGUAUGGAUGGACAUUUAUACCCUCCCGGUUCCUGGUGCUGGUGGAAAGACUUGUUCUCAGAUAUUUGAAGCUGCUGGAUGUGAUACACCUACUAGCCCUAGUUGUGGUGCCUGUUUAGGUGGUCCUAAAGAUACUUAUGCUCGCAUUAACGAACCUCAGGUGUGUGUGUCAACCACAAACAGGAACUUCCCGGGCCGUAUGGGCCACAAAGAUGGUCAAAUCUAUCUAGCUUCUCCUUACACUGCCGCAGCUUCGGCAUUGACCGGUUUUGUAACCGAUCCAAGAGACUUUAUGCAUUGAUUACGUUGCGGUUUUUGUUAGUUAAGUGGCAUAACCUUGUUGUAUGGGACUUGUCGCGUGUUUUAAUCUAAAAUACCAUCUUUCUAUGUUUGUUGCACAUCAUGAUUUAUGUAAUAAACAUCAAUGAGGUUUGCAUUUAUGCACAUUGUCUUCUUUCAUAUUUUCAA